AUGUUCCGUCAAAUAGAUGUUCAUCCAGAUGACUGGAAGUUCCAGAGAAUACUUCGGACGGAUCAUCAAUCAAGCACCAGCGAGCCUGCACUGUACGAUCUUACAACCGUUACUUAUGGUACAAAGCCAGCACCAUACUUAGCAUGUCGCGUUCUUAAACAACUUCUCAGCGACGAGGGCCACAAGUUCCCGUUAGCAAUCGAACCUUUUGAAAAGGGUAGCUACGUCGACGACAUCACUGGAGGUGCUGAUACUCUCUCACGUCUCAAUGAAAUCGCGUCUCAGGUUGAAGCGCUCUGUCUCACCGGGUGUUUUCCAGUAGCGAAGUGGAAAAGCAAUCAUCCAUCGUUCUGUAAAGUCAACUCAUCAAGUCUAAGCAGCAAUACAUCUCACCAGUUCGAUGAGUUUACGUGUAAAAUUCUCGGAAUGUCCUGGAAAUGUUCUCCGGACAUUUUGACUUUUACAGGCCAUAUAUUUCAAACUUCGGCCAUCACGAAACGCAUCAUACUGUCAGAAACAGCUCAGUUGUUUGAUCCUCUUGGAUUAAUCUCAUCAGUCAUUGUUCGAGCCAAAAUUCUGAUGCAGGACUUAUGGCUAGAAAAGAUUCGAUGGGAUGACCCACUAACUACUCAGAUAACUCAUCGUUGGAAGACGUUCAGGAGUGAAUUGGUUGAUCUUGCAAACCUCAAAAUUCCACGCUGGCUCAAUCUCACAUCUGACCUCUCACAUGUCGAGAUACACGGAUUUUCAGACGCAUCACAAACUCCAAUGGCUGCAGCAGUAUACAUCAGAGUUUCUCAUCCAAAUCAGCAAUCAAAAGUAACUCUUGUUUGUGCAAAAACUCGAGUUGCUCCUCUCAAACGUCUCACAAUUCCUCGAUUAGAAUUAUCUGCCGCAUUACUCCUCGCGAAGCUCAUCUCACGCACACGAAAGGCUCUCAACUUGAUCAACGUGCCAGUUACUUUGUGGACAGAUUCAUCGGUCACCCUCGCAUGGAUUAACAGUGAUCCCACCCGUUGGAAGGAAUUUGUCAAGAAUCGAGUACGUGACAUUCAUGAAAUCUCACCGUCAGCAGUGUGGAAAUUCAUCUCCACCAAGCAGAAUCCAGCUGAUUGCGCAUCACGGGGUUUAAACCCCUCUCAACUCAUGAAGCACUCUCUAUGGUGGUCAGGUCCAGAUUGGCUAACCAAACCUUCUCACCAGUGGCCUUCAUUCUUACCACUUGAUGUCUCUCAUGAAGACAUGGAAAUGCGAUCGUCGGCAGCACAGUAG